UCGUUUGUUUACAAAUGGAGACCACAGAGCAGGUACCCUCAGACAGCUCAGGUGUAAAGACCGAAAACCACAGCCAAGACGAGAAAUCAGUAGAGGAAAUAUCGGGGUGGCUACAUAAAAGAUCUAAAUUGUCCCGGAAAUGGUGUAAAAAGUGGUGUUUGUUGUAUAAAACGGAUUUGCUGUACGGUGAUCAGCCCGAAGAUCAAAAUAAGAUUCCAAGGGCAAAAAUGAAAGCUGUUUCAUUGGUUGGUGCCGAAAUCGCCGAAUCUGACAUUGACAACAAAAUAAAUGGUUUCAGUAUCAAACCUAAAGGCAAGAAAAGGACAUUUUAUUUCUGUGCAGACACAGCACAAGAGCAAAUAAACUGGAUGGAAGCAAUCUGCCUUGCUAAAAUCUCAAACAGGACUACUGAUAAUUCAGAGGCGUGUGUAAUUCAGUAGAUUGACAUAAGUGGAUAUUUCAAAAAGUAACAAAGAUAGGAAAAAUAUAUAUGAAUAUGCACAUUGCAUGGAAGCAAAACAAAAAUAUUUAGGUAAUAUUAUUGAGUUAUAACAGCUGUGUAUCUAAUUACUUAUUCUGCUACAAUUGUUUGCUUAUAGAGAGAUAGAUGUUACUGCUUAUUUUACAAUGACAUCAAGUUUGAAUACAAGGGACUUAUUCUCUCUCAAAAGACUUCCAUACAGCAGCUGAACAAUCCACUUCCAAGAUGCAGAUGAGAACAGAAAAUGCUACUAAAGGAGAGGCAAAUCAUAUCCCUUCUCACUUCCACUGAAAUUUCCGAGAUCUUAAGCAUUUAAUAUAAAAUAAAUCACUUUUUAAACAAUAAUCA